AACAGCUAAACCUAACCUGUACCGACAACAGCGAAAGUGGUGUUUGUUAUAAUUUUCACAUUAUUUUUCUUUCUACUUAAUCGAAAUCCAACUUUUUUCAACAUAAUGGGCCAGUGUUCACGUGUGCAAACGUUCAAGUGUUAAGCGGUUUGCUCUUGGGCUAAGCGUGCGUGCGAAAGCGUUUUCAAUUGUAAAGUGCAUUCAGCAUAAACAUUCAGCUGUAAAAAAGGCUUUAAAAGGGAAAUAUCGAGGAUUUCAACAUGGUCAAGUAUCUGUGUAUCACCUGCUUGUACGUGGGAACCGACCGGGUGUCCUUUAAAACACUGGACACUAUAAAGCCAGUAUUAGAGCUAUUUGUACCUGAAAUAAAAAGCACCUCAGCGAACGGUGGCUCUUCCCUAGUAUGCGAACAGUGUUUUUUCUUUGUGAAGACCGUAGAACAAUUCAGAAGACGUUGUGCACAGUCUCAACAAAAGAUAUCCGCAUUAAAUAUUGAGAAAAACUCCUCACCAACCAAAGCCUCGAUUGGUGAGGUGGAUUCAACUUCAGCGGCAGCUCGGCUAAAUAAUCGAAGAAGAUCGUGCUUAGAAAGAGCAGGUCAGAGAGAAUUGCGUAGUUAUUCUGUAACUUGUUCCUAUGCCCCUGUUGAAGAAGCCGAGCUAAAAGCUUCAAGUCCAGCGCAAAAAGUUCGCAGGCAAAGCAAUGACGAUGAAUCGGCUGAAAGUGUGGACACUCAUAACGAUGAUAAUGAUGAUGAUGAUGACUAUUACAUAACCAGGCAAGAUUUGGUAUCUGCGGGGAUUUUGCCUGAAAUCACGGGCAGUGCUUCAGUGGACGCCAAAUCGCAGCCAUCAGAAGCAGAAGAAAGUCCUAAAGUGAGCAGCAAUGAACCAACUGCAAAGAAGAAAAAAACUGUAGAAUACACCCCGAGUUUGAAAGCCUCAUCCAACAACCCAAACACCAAAUGCAGCGCAUGCUGGAAUCGCUGCAGCCUGAACAGGCAACAAGGGAAGCCAGCUCGGUGCGAUUACUGCAACUUUUUUUCAAUGGAAAAGACUUCCUUGUUGAAGCAUUUAGAUACUUGUCAUCAAGAACUAGCCACCCCUAUUUCGUUGUUAUCAUGCCAGCAAUGCUCCUUCAAGUGCCAUUCUUUGAUCCAGCUGAGCAUCCAUCGGGUGAAACAACAUGAGGAACCAGCAAACUGCUCGUUUCGCGUUGAAGAAUCGAACUCCACAAACAGAAAACAUGAUCUGGAGGACAACUACUGUUUAGAAUGUGUGACGAUUUUUUUAACUGUCGAGAAUUAUCAAGAGCACAUGGUUGAGAAGCACAAGCGAGCCGUUUGCUCCUGUUGCGAACAGCUUUUCAGCCUGUAGACGCUGUUCAUGGACAUCAGUGACUGCAUUCUGUGCAGACUAAACCAUUAACUUUAGAGUACAAUCUUUUAUUCAGUUGUUUAUUAUAAUUUCUAAUUGUCUACAAGAAGAGAGGAUGACGAAGAAUGCAUUGAUUUGGUUAUUAGUUUAGUUUAGAGGCUGAUGAUGAGGAUUCUCAGAUUUGGGCAGAUUGUAUUUAAUUUAGAAUAUGUUGACUUUUUUACAAUUGUAUUCGCACAGAAGAUGGGCUGGUUUGUAUAACGAAAAUUGCAAAUAUCAUUUAACGAUGGUGCAUUAUUUACCUAAGCCAAAGUUGGAUUUUUGGAUAUUGAGCAGCUCCUAGAUCUAAUGAGACGGGCAAUAAUAUACAGGGUAUUUGAGCUUAUAAAAUGGGUCCAAUCUAGUGUGUUUCAUCAGUUGUUUUUGCGUUAUGGAUAGGGGUUUCUCUAGUAAAUAGUCCAUGUUUUUAAACGCAAGAAUCCUGAUUACUUGGCCCCAAAUUUCGUCAACAAUUUGUCUCCUCUUCGCUGCUGAACAAAUUGCUUUUCAAAAAAACAAUUUAGACUGGAAUUUUCAACACUAAACCGACUUUCUACUCUCGCUCUGAAUCUAUUAUACUAUCAGCUUGGGGAUUUCUAGAUUGAUAGUUACAACGGAUUUAGUCCAGAUAUUGGUAUAAAUUUGUGAAAAUAUGGCAGAUAUUAUUGGAAUGAAAGUAAAAACUGCACAAAUA